AUUAUGGUGGAAAGGAAUAUAAGCAGGAUGAAACCUGGUCUGAUGGUUGUCAGUUUAGCUGUGUCUGUAAUGAUGCCAAGGUUGGUCAAUACCAAUGUAAAGAAAAAUGUCCCAAAUGGGAUCUUCCUGACGUUUGUCACUGGAACCCAGCAUCAGCGGGAAAAUGUUGUAGUCAACCAGAAUGUCCACUACCUUAUGUUAUCACCGGUUACCCAGACCUUUAGAUGUUUCUCUUCACAUAAGCAACUGUCAAUUAUAGAAUAUUGUUUAUCAAAAAAUAUUACAGGACCAUUUUCAUUACUUUCGUCGUUGCAACAAGGAUCUCCCCUGAGUUUAUAA